CGAGCGCCUUCCCUGCCCGUUCCCCGCCCGCAUGGCUCCAGCGGCGGCCCCGGCGGGCCAGCAGUACUUCCGCUCGGACAGCAGCGACUCGGCCGCCUACAUGCUGGGCAGCCCGAGCGGCUCCGAGGCCGAGCCGCCCGGCCGGCCCGAGAAGCGCCGCCGCCGCAAGCGCUGCAGCCCGGUCUGGCUGGCCGUGGCCGCCAUGGGCAUCGUGGCGCUGCAGAUCGCCUCGGCCACCGGCCUCUUCGUCUACUUCACCAUGUCCAUCGCCAAGCUGAAGGCCCAGACGCAGGGCACCUCGGAGGAGCUGAGGUGCCUCCAGCUGCUCAACCGGCUGCAGGAGCUCUCGGAGCUGGAGGAGCUGAUGAGCACCCAGCCGUGCUUCAAGCUGGCCCUGGGCAUCCAGGACUACGUUGCCAUGAUUACCGAAAAUGUCAUCCGAAGGAGCGUCCCAAGCGUCAGUGCCUCUCAGAAGCAGAGGAACUCCAGCUGGCAGCUGGGCAGCCGGCCUUUGGCACAUCUCACCCUGAGGAGGCCGAGCCCUUCCCGGCCAGGAGCCCUGGGACCGGAGUUCCGGGAUCUGCAGCAGUCCUGCCAGCACCCCAUCCGCCACUGGGCCAGCAGGACCAUGCAUGCCCACCUGCAGAACCUCACCUACCAGGACGGGCAGCUGCAGGUGAGCCAGGCGGGCAAAUACUAUGUCUACGCCCAGAUCUACUUCCGCUACCCCACCGAGGGGGCCGAUGCCCGCUCCCUGGGCCACCAGCUGGUGCAGUGCAUCAAUCUCCAGAGCGUCUACGGGCAGACCAUCCUUCUGCUGAAGGGCGUGGGCACCAAGUGCUGGCAGCAGGAUGCGGCCUAUGGGCUCCAUGCCCUUUACCAGGGAGGCCUCUUUGACCUCAAAGCUGGCGACAAGCUCUUUGUGUCCGUCUCAUCGCUGGACGUCAACUACGACGAUGAGGCAGGCAGCUAUUUUGGAGCCUUCCGCCUUGACGUGUGAUGUUGGGGACGGUGGCCUAGGGGGCUUCAGGGCUUCACCGUCCCCCCACGCAGAACCACUGGAGGAUGCCUGGGCCCCCUUAUCACCCUUCCUUCCCCCGUUAGUAGCAGUGACCAAGCUGGGCCGGAGGCAAAGGCAGGGCGGGGAGGGGGAGCAGGAGGCGGCUGCAGCCCCUCAGGGAAGCUCUGGUUGCUGUGAGCUUCCCUUGUGACCAUGUCUCUGAAGCAGCCAGAAAGGCGGUGAAGCUGCGCAGGCCGGCCGGCUGGCAACUGCUAGGCUUCUGGCUCUCCUGGACGUGCCCCUGCGGCUGGAGACCCUCCUCUGCGUCCCUACAACAACCAUCGCCCCACUGCCUGCCCUCUUCCAGUCAUCCCAGCUGAGAAAUGUGGGGCUCCCUGGGCACACGCCCUCCUGCACACGGAGCAACCUGUUCCCCGGCCUGGAGGAAGCUGAGCAGCUCGCACACCCAGCGGCAGUUCACAAGUCUUACUGCCAGGACACGAAUGUAGGUCAGUGGGUCCCCCGAGUGAGCGAGCCCCUCCAGGGACACCCGGGGCACACCUUCCCGCUGCCUCUCCCUACACACGCAUUGGGUGUGACCCGGAACGGCACUAGCCCCCAGCAUGUGCCCUAGCCAAAGCCUGGAGCGACCAGGAGCAACCCGUGCCUGCGCCAGCAGCCCAAACAGCUCCUUAUCCCUUCCCGGGGGGCGGGGGGGUGGGGGUGGGGAGAGAGGCUGGUCUUUGGGCCUUGAACCCUGCUGGGAAUUGGCCUUUUUCUCUCGGCUCGUUUCCUCCAGGGAUGCCCCAGGCCGAGUUGCCUCAGGGGCUGCAUCUCCCACAGGGCCAGAGGGUUUUGCUUCUUUCUGGCUUAGCAUUUUGCAUGCCCCUCCUGCCCCCCCUAUUGGUCAGUGCCUGGUUCAGUGCACCGCAUGCCCCUUGACCGUGGCUUAAUUCGGAAGCCAGACUCUGUGGGGUGCAGGCAAAACAACAGGCUGCCAUUAGGAGCACUGAAAAGAGAGGGAGGGCCGUCACCCACAGGCGCAGUACAGGAAAACCCCCCCCCCCGUUUCUAACUGGUGGGAACCCUGCAUCUGAGGGGGGGCACCAGCCCUUGGCUCGACAUCCUCGGCCUCAUCUGGCUUCUCUGAAAGACAACGCCCACCCUGGGCUGCCAGCCACACGUCCUGGUCACGCAGUGCGCGAAGCUGGCCUGUUCAGCCCAGAAAGCAGCACAACCUGGCCAGCAGCCCUCCGAAUUCCCAGUCUGGGCAGUUCUUCCGCUUCGGCCUCUUGCUCCCCUUGCCUGGGCGCCCAAAGACAGGGAUGCCAGGAGGCCGGCUGCGCCAGGAAAAGACAGCAGGGCCAGAGAGGGCCCGGAGGUUCAGCUAGUUGGCUUGGGGUGCCUCUUCCCGAGGGGCACCAACGAGCACAAUGCUCUGUUGCCCCACUCUCGGCCCAGCUGCAGCCCAAACCGACUUUCUGGCCAUCGCCCCGCCAGGCCAGUCCGGGCAGGAGGGUUCCUCCCCACCCCGCACCCCUUUUGGGUAAGGCAAGAAGCAGCCGCGGCCGACUCAGUUACAGCGUUUCUUUUACUCUGGCAUGGAACCUCCUUCCCAGCGCAGCUACAACCAGGCGCUCCUUCCCGAGAGAAGACAACUUUCCACAGAUUGUAUAGUGCAAUUGGUUAUUAUCUUGUAGAAAAAAAA